GGGGACCCGCGCCGGGACCUGGGGGACGCGGAGGCCGCCGGCACAGUGGCCGCGAGAGGCACCGCCGCAGUAGCUCCCCGGGCGCACAGGGGAGCGCGCGCCGGCCCUCCAGGAAGCGCGAGUCCGGCAGGACCGUGGCCACAGCGAGCAAGGGAGCCCGCCCCCCACACGGCGGCCGGAGUCUGCGGGCGUCCAGAAGACCGUGCGCCGCGACCGCCGCCCGCGCGCCUCCAGGCCCGGGAACCCGCUGCCACCCGCAGGCGCUCGCCACCUCUAGGCCAGGCCCUGGGGUCGAUGCAGCAGCCCCUCCUCCAGCACCUCCGGGAAGAACCAAAAUUUCAAUUUGGGAUUUUCCUGUAAACCAGAGCCUACUAGAGAGUCAUUUCUUUUCUUUUUCUUUCUUUUUUUUUUUUUUGGCUCGAUUCUGGAUUUAAUACCUUUACAUUUUUUUGAGAGAUCUGCUUUUCUUUACUUUUGAUUUUUGACCUUCGUGUACGCGACAGCCCCUCACCUGUACACGAUUAUUACUUCUUUUUUUUUUUUUUUUUUUUAAUUGUUCUUCUUCUCGCUCCCCGCGCUGCGCCUUGGCGCGCAAGUGAGGGAGAGGGCCCGGGAGCCCGGGGCUCGCAGGGGCGAUGUACCAGAGCUUGGCCAUGGCCGCCAACCACGGCCCCCCUCCCGGGGCCUACGAGGCGGGCGGCCCCGGCGCCUUCAUGCACAGCGCGGGCGCCGCGUCCUCGCCGGUCUACGUGCCCACGCCGCGGGUGCCCUCGUCCGUGCUGGGCCUGUCUUACCUGCAGGGCGGAGGCGGGGCCGCGGCGGCCGGGGCCUCCUCGGGCGGCAGCUCCGGCGCGGCCCCGGCGGCGGCCGGGCCCGGAGCCCAGCAGGGCAGCCCGGGCUGGAGCCAGGCGGGCGCCGACGGAGCCGCCUACACGCCCCCGCCCGUGUCGCCGCGCUUCUCCUUCCCGGGGACCACCGGGUCCCUGGCCGCCGCCGCCGCCGCCGCCGCCGCCCGGGAAGCCGCGGCCUACAGCGGGGGCGGCGGGGCGGCGGGCGCGGGCCUGGCGGGCCGCGAGCAGUACGGGCGCGCGGGCUUCGCGGGCUCCUACUCCAGCCCCUACCCCGCCUACAUGGCCGACGUGGGCGCGUCCUGGGCCGCGGCCGCCGCCGCCUCCGCCGGCCCCUUCGACAGCCCGGUCCUGCACAGCCUGCCCGGCAGGGCCAACCCCGCCGCCCGACACCCCAAUCUCGAUAUGUUUGAUGACUUCUCAGAAGGUAGAGAAUGUGUCAACUGUGGGGCCAUGUCCACCCCGCUCUGGAGGCGUGAUGGGACAGGGCACUACCUGUGCAAUGCCUGCGGCCUCUACCACAAGAUGAAUGGCAUCAACCGGCCCCUUAUCAAGCCUCAGCGCCGGCUGUCCGCCUCCCGCCGAGUGGGCCUGUCCUGUGCCAACUGCCAGACCACCACCACCACUCUGUGGCGCCGCAAUGCUGAGGGUGAGCCAGUGUGCAAUGCCUGUGGCCUCUACAUGAAGCUCCAUGGUGUUCCAAGGCCUCUUGCAAUGCGGAAAGAGGGGAUUCAAACCAGAAAACGGAAGCCCAAGAACCUUAAUAAAUCUAAGACACCAGCAGGUCCCUCAGGCGGUGAGAGCCUUCCUCCUGCCAGCAGUGCUUCCAGCAACUCCAGCAACGCGGCCACCAGCAGCAGUGAAGAGAUGCGCCCCAUCAAGACAGAGCCCGGGCUGUCAUCCCACUAUGGGCACAGCAGCUCCAUGUCCCAGACAUUCUCAGUCAGUGCGAUGUCUGGCCACGGGCCCUCCAUCCACCCAGUCCUCUCGGCCCUGAAGCUCUCCCCACAAGGCUACACAUCUUCUGUCAGCCAGUCGCCACAGGCCAGCUCCAAGCAGGACCCUUGGAACAGCCUGGCCUUGGCUGACAGUCACGGGGACAUAAUCACUGCAUAAUGUCACCUCCUUCCCUCCUCAGAUUCCUGCACGGACUUGGGACUUGGAGGACGGCAGGGAUGAGGCUCUGGGCUCCCGGGAGCCAGCCUGCUCUGUCGGGGAAUGACUCCAGAAGAACAACUGGGAAGAAACUUGAAGUUGACAGUUCGGUUAGGGGAUGUGGGUGUUGGAUUUUACCGGAUGCCUUUGCAAGGGUGGGCUACUGGAAAGAGCCCAAACUCUGAUCUGAAAGAAACCACCCUUCACGAGGAGCACAUUUAAGUCCCUUACGCAAGAAGGAGACUUGUUUCUAGUUUUCCACCUCACCCCUCCCCCACAAGACACAGCCGUCCUUCUGCCCUACCUUUCUACCACUGGGGCCUAAGGGACUGGUUUUUCUGUGGUGUUCCCCGCACUGGGGAUCAGAGGGUGGGUGGAGGGGGCAAGGUGCUGGGACCCCCAGUCCAGCCUGAACCAGGACAUCUGUGUGACAUGCAUGUGGAUGCAAACAGCCCCUCCGGGCCGCUGCUGCCCCGUCCAGCACUCCCCCUUCAGGCUUGGUACCCCCUUGCAUUCCUCAGUACUGAAUCUUGACUCCGGAAACGUUGGGUGUAGCCCUGAUGUUCCUGAAGCCUCACGGGGAGGUGAAGGAAAGGGCCGCCUCACCCACUGCACGGUGUGGCAAAAUCAUGACCUGGCAACUUUGCCUCUCCCAAGUUUCUUUCCCCGGGCUCAUGGCUCGAACCUCCAGCCCCUUCUGACCCUGCCCCCCCCCCCCCCCAGGCAUCUGAAAAUAAAAAUCCCUGCUGCUGAUGAGUGAUUCAGCCCUGCCUUCAGCUGAACAUGUCUCUCCCUCUGCAAAACAAGAGCUCGGCAGUUGAGCCACACAGCAGCCUCCCCCACAACUGUCCCCCCAAAUCCUUCGUGUACCCCAUCACACACAGGCGGGUCCCAAGGAAGUACAAAAAAGAUUCUGCUGCUAAAGCAAGCUUGACAGACACUCUUCUAAGCCUUGAGAUCAUUCAGGAGAGCAUGUCUGGUGGACCUCAUCCCCGGGGCCGGGCAGGGGCUUUUCAUGGAUUCUGGCUCGCUUGCGCUUGGACCUCGUGGACGUGGCUUUUGGUCUGUGGAGAUGCACCACCUCUCGGUCCUCCAGCAGGUUGAGGUCAUCCCAGGGGUGGGGAGCACCUGCACCUGCAUCUUUUCCCCAGUCUCUUGUCCCGGAGGCAGAGAGCUAGAGAUCCUGCAACAUAAAUUCAAAGCAAACAAACACAACAAAACCAAACUCAGAUGGAAAGACGACAACUCCUAAGAGAAGACACUGAGGGGGGCCCCUAAGGGAGUCCCUGGCUCUGUGCUAUUCUGGAAUCGGCCUUCUCUCCAUGCUGUCAUCUCUGCCCGUGAUGUGGGGGCUCACCGAGACUCCUCCUUCCUGGUCCUCAUCAUCAACAGACCUAUAGCUGACUGUGGCCCUACUACAUCCUCCCCCACCCAGAUACUCAGCUCCCGAUCCCCAAAUCCUACUGGCUGUAGCAGAGAAUAUUUUUAAACCAAGAUUCUGUUUUAAUCAUCAUUUACAUUGCUUUCUUCCAUGAAGGCCACCCUCAUAUACCUUCCCUAACCCACAAACCUGUUAACAUUGUCUUAAGGUGAAAUGGCUGUAAAAUCAGUAUUUAA